UUUUCAGGUAUCGAUUUUAAAAUUAGAACUAUAGAGCUAGACGGCAAGAGAAUCAAACUGCAGAUAUGGGAUACUGCCGGGCAGGAGCGAUUUCGGACGAUCACAACUGCCUACUACAGAGGAGCGAUGGGCAUUAUGUUAGUAUACGACAUCACCAAUGAAAAGUCUUUUGAAAAUAUUCGGAACUGGGUCAGGAAUAUUGAAGAGCACGCGUCGCCAGAUGUUGAAAAAAUGAUCCUUGGGAACAAAUGUGAUGCAAAUGACAAAAGACAAGUUUCUAGAGAGCAAGGGGAGAAGCUUGCUGCAAGUUUCGGAAUUAAAUUUAUGGAGACCAGUGCAAAAGCAAACAUAAACAUAGAGAAUGCAUUUUUCACACUUGCAAGAGAUAUCAAAGCAAAAAUGGACAAGAAGUUGGAAGGCAAUAGCCCGCAAGGCAGCAACCAGGGAGUCAAAAUCACACCAGACCAGCAAAAGAAAAGCAGCUUUUUCCGAUGUGUUCUUCUGUGAGGGACACGGCCUUAAUCUGAGCAUCCGCUCGGCUGAACUGGACUGUGCCUGUUCUGAGUGAGAUUUCCUCUGUCUGUGGACUUAGCAUUUUCAACAUACCUUGUCACUUUGUGACCAUCUGAAUAAGAAAUUGUUUAUUUUAGUAAUUGUCUGACUCUUCAAUUUUGGAGACGAAACAAGUUUAUUUUUGUCAGGUUGCCACUGGGCAUGUGUAUUGUCUAGCAGAGGGAGUACAGAUCAAACGUGACCUGUGAUACAGCACCUUUGCUGACAGGCUUCGAUCUUUUUGUUCGUAUCUGUAAUGUAUCCAAAUUAGAAAGAUGAAGUUAUGAUCAAAAGAAGAAACUGAAAUGCCAAUAUUAAUAAACUACAGGUAUGCGUACAUG